GCAUUUUCAUAGUUUAUAAGGUCUCAAGUGGGGGCCUCUAGUGACAACUCAACUGAGCUAUACAAACCACUCACAAUGGCUACAUGUUGUUGUUGUUUUUGCCGUGGAACAGCAGUUCCUCACUUCACUAAAAUGCUUUCGUCCCUAGCCAAGCUACAAAUCUCAGACAAACAAUUCCAGUAUUCAAAAGUGCACUUGAACGCAACAGCAUAACACACUUUCACAUGUUGGAUCAUGCUGACCCUGUGGGUGGCACAUCAAUGCUGCCAAUUUUCUCUGAUUGCACUCUUUGCUCAGUGGUACUGGAUAGGCUCCCAGAAGCCAUUCACAAGUUCAGAUUGAAGAUACAUCACAGUUUCAUAAAUCACAACAUAGUACAGUAUACUGUAUAUCUGGAGGAUAUGUGGACACUUUGGAAUUAAAAGUGAGGUGCAAACAAUCUAUAAAAAAUAAUAUUUAUGGUUCAGUAGUGACAAGAUGCAUUCGUCUUAUAAAAAAAAAAAAAAAAAAAAAAAGUGUUAUGGAACGCAAUUAAAAGUGUUCCCAGCUGCACAAACACCAGAAUGUAUCGACCAACUAUUUAUUUUAGUCGAUAUACACACAAUAUAUAUUUGUUAAAUACAUUGCUUUUCAGAAAGCCUGCAUAAUAUAGCCGAUAGCAGUGGUUUUCAACCUUUUUGGAGCUAAGGCACAUUUUUUUUUAAUUGAAAAAAUCCGGAGGCACACCACCAGAAAAAAACAUAAAAAAUGUAACUCAGUAGCCUAUAUUUACAAUAGAAAGUCGUUCUCAUCAAAUACCUGAUGCAAUAGUUCGAUAUGAAUUUAAACCAUAACCAUCCAUCCAUCACAAUAUCUCUUUUUCCAAAGUAGGUCUGUCACACCCUAUUUUGAGUUUUUGUGUGUUUUCCUGUGUGCCGUGUUUUAGUUCCUGUCUUGUGCUCUUAUUUUGGUUGCUCUUCCUGUUUUGUUAGUGUUUUCCUGUCGCAGCUUCACACCCUCCUUUGAGCGCUAUUCCCCGCACCUGCUUUGUGUUGGCAAUCAAGACUAUCUAAGUUGUGUGGAUGCUGUCCUUCUUUGUUGGGACAUUGUUGAUCGUUAUGUCAUGUGCAGAUGUACUUUGUGGACGCCAUCUCUGCUCAACACGCUGCUUUAUCCAUACAUGCGGAGGCACUUUAAAGGGAAGAAACGGGACAAUAGAAAGCCCAGGGUUUCCAUAUGGUUACCCUAAUGGAGCAAACUGUACCUGGGUGAUCGUUGCAGAGGAGGGCAACAGGAUUCAUAUAGUUUUUCAGUCUUUUGCUGUGGAGGAAGAAUAUGACUUUUUAUCUUUGUAUGAUGGGCACCCACACCCAGCCAACUUCAAAACAAGGUUAACAGGAUUUAGCAUUCCCUCACCUGUUACCAGUACAAGCUCAAUCUUUUCCCUGAGGCUUACCAGUGACUUUGCAGUAAGUGCUCAUGGAUUUAAAGCAUCUUAUGAAGAGCUCAGGAGCAGCUUUUGUGGAAACCCAGGAGUUCCAUCAAAAGGCAUAUUAAAUGGGACCCAGUUCAGCGUAGGGGCAAAAAUCGGUUACAGGUGUAUUUCUGGUUAUGUCCUGGAUGGCCAUUCGCUGCUCACCUGUGUCACAAAUGCAGCUGGUGUGUCAGUGUGGGACUUCCCUGUGCCAAUUUGCAGAGCGGAGGACACGUGUGGCGGCACCCUGAGGGGCUCCAGUGGCUUCAUAUCCAGCUUUGAUUUCUCCAGCGGGGACUCCCCUGGCGCUGGAGGACUGGGUAGCAGUGGGGAAUGUAAAUGGACUAUCCUGGCUGACCCGGGGGAUACCAUCUCAUUGGUGUUCACUGAAUUUCAAAUGGAGGAGAAGUCGGAUUAUCUAGAAGUAGAAGGAUCCGAAUCGCCAACUAUAUGGUUGACUGGGAUGAAUAUUCCAGCACCCAUCAUCAGCAACAAAAAUUGGCUGCGGCUGCAUUUUGUGACAGAGAGCAACCACCGUCAUAAAGGCUUCAGGGCUCAGUAUCAAGUGAAAAGCUCUGGAGAGCUUAAAUCCAGAGGGGUAAAGUUGUUACCAGGGAAGGACAACACUAACAAGCUGUCUUUGAUGAAUGAAGGUGGAGGCAAGCAGUUGUCAAAUUACUGUCCUGAUCCAGGAGAGCCAGAUAAUGGCAAACGGACUGGUUCUGACUUUAGCGUCGGAGCAACUGCUCAAUUUAUCUGCGAUGAGGACCAUGUGCUGCAAGGUUCUAAAACGAUUACCUGCCAGCGUGUAGCUGAAGUCUUUGCUGCUUGGAGCGACCACAGACCCGUGUGCAAAGUGAAAACAUGCGGGUCAAAUCUACAGGGACCUUCGGGAACAUUUACAUCCCCUAACUUUCCUAUCCAGUAUGAGAGUAAUUCUCAGUGUGUGUGGAUCAUCACUGCCAGUGAUCCGAACAAGGUUAUUCAGAUCAACUUCGAAGAGUUUGACUUAGAGAUUGGGUACGAUUCUCUUACAAUUGGAGAUGGAGGAGAAGUAGGGGAUUCGAAAACCAUAAUACAAGUACUAACUGGGAGCUUUGUGCCAGACCUGAUUGUCAGCAUGUCCCAUCAGAUGUGGCUUCAUCUUCAAUCUGAUGAAAGUGUGGGCUCAAUUGGCUUCAAGAUCAACUAUAAAGAAAUUGAUAAAGAGAGUUGUGGCGAUCCCGGUACACCGCUCUAUGGGUACCAGGAGGGAAGCGGCUUUUUAAAUGGCAACGUUUUGCGCUUUGAGUGCCAGUUUGGAUUUGAGCUCAUAGGGGAGAGGAUGAUAACCUGCCAGAACAACAAUCAGUGGUCUGCAAAUAUCCCCAUCUGCAUAUUUCCCUGCUUUUCCAACUUUACGGCUCCAAUGGGGACUGUGCUGUCUCCUGACUAUCCAGAAGGCUACGGGAACAACCUCAACUGUGUAUGGUUGAUCAUCUCAGAGCCUGGUUCCCGAAUCCACUUGGCCUUCAAUGACUUUGACCUUGAACCACCCUAUGACUUCCUCACAAUUAAAGAUGGCGACCAGUCAGGAGCCACAAUUUUGGGACGUUUCUCAGGGGCGGAAGUUCCUUCCCACCUGACGUCCAACAGCAAUAUCCUGCAGCUGGAGUUUCAGGCAGAUCACUCUAUGUCAGGGCGGGGGUUCAACAUCACUUACAGCACUUUCGGACGUAAUGAGUGCCCUGACCCUGGCGUGCCGCUGAAUGCCAGGCGCUUCGGAGACAGUUUCCAACUGGGCAGCUCCAUCUCUGUGGUCUGUGACGAGGGCUUUAUCAAGACGCAGGGGGCUGACACCAUUACUUGCCAUUUAGAGGAAGGCAAGGUGAUGUGGAGCGGUCUCAUUCCAAAAUGUGAAGCUCCCUGCGGAGGUCACUACUCAGGCCCGUCGGGAGUCAUCUUGUCUCCAGGGUGGCCCGGCUACUACAAAGACUCUCUUAGUUGCGAGUGGGUCAUAGAAGCAGAGCCAGGGCGCUCUAUCAAGAUCAGCUUUGACAGGUUUCAGACUGAACUCAGCUAUGAUUUCCUGGAGGUACAUGACGGCCCAAACCUGCUUUCACCUCUGGUUGGCUCUUUCAAUGGAACCCAGGUUCCUCAGUUCCUGUUUAGCACCAGCAACUUCUUGUAUUUGCUGUUCACCACCGACAACAGUAGAUCAAACAGUGGCUUUAAGAUCUUCUAUGAAGUUGUCACUGUGGACACACACUCCUGCAUGGAUCCUGGCAUCCCUGUCAACGGUGUGCGGCUCAGCCACGACCUGUCCAUUGGAUCAACAAUGUCCUUCCAAUGUGAUCCAGGAUAUAGACUAAGCCAUGAGGAACCUCUGGUUUGUGAGAAGAACCACUUUUGGAGCCACCAACUUCCCACUUGUGAUGCAUCAUGCGGUGGGGAUAUUAGAGGACCUGGUGGUGUCAUCCUUUCUCCUGGCUACCCUGAGCUAUAUCCCAACUCCCUCAACUGUACGUGGACUGUAGAGGUCAGCCAUGGAAAAGGUGUCCAAUUCACUUUCCACUCCUUCCACCUGGAGGAUCACCAUGACUAUCUUCUGAUAACAGAAAAUGGCAGCUUCGCCCAGCCACUGGCUCGACUAACUGGCUCAGAGAGGCCGGCGCCGGUUAAUGCGGGCCUCUAUGGCAACUUCAAAGCACAGCUCCGCUUCAUUUCAGAUUUUUCCAUAUCUCUGCAGGGAUUCAACAUCUCCUUCUCAGAGUAUGAUCUUGAGCCUUGUCAGGACCCUGGGACACCUCGCUUUGGCUCGCACACAGGCUCAAGGUUUGGCAUUGGUGACAACCUGUUGUUCCACUGCAACACUGGCUAUCGUCUGCAGGGGGCAAAGGAGAUUGUGUGCUUGGGAGGUGGCCGCCGAAUGUGGAGCGCCCCUCUGCCAAGGUGUGUGGCGGAGUGUGGAUCAACCGUCUCCAAAAAUGAGGGAGUUUUACUGUCGCCCAACUAUCCAUUGGACUAUGACAACAGCCACGAAUGUGUAUAUAGUAUACAUGUUCAAAAAGGCAAAGGAAUCAACAUCACUGCCAGCACGUUUCAACUAGCACAAGGUGACAUCUUCAAGGUGUAUGAUGGUCGAGAUGGUGCUGCCGCACUUCUCAGCACGUACACCGGCACUUCCAUGCUGGGUCUGUCCCUGACCAGUACUUCCAACAAUAUGUGGUUGGAAUUCUACUCUGACCAGGAGGCGACAGCAGCUGGGUUCCGCCUCACAUACCGUAGUUUUGAGCUGUCCCACUGUGAUGAACCUGGAGUGCCGCAAUUUGGCUUUAAAGUGAGUGACCAGGGUCACUUUGCUGGAAGUGCAAUUACGUAUGGCUGUGACCAAGGCUACACCCUUCACGGCAGUGGCAUACUUAAGUGCAUGACGGGAGAAAGAAGGGCAUGGGACAGCAAUCUGCCAUCAUGUAUAGCGGAGUGUGGCGGCAAUUUCAAGGGGAAAACAUCAGGACGCAUCCUUUCACCUGGUUAUCCAUUUCCGUAUGACAACAACCUGAGGUGCACAUGGACCAUUGAGGUCAGCUCUGGCAAUAUUGUCAGCCUGCAGUUUCUUGCUUUCGAUACAGAAGCAUCCCAUGAUAUCCUGAAGGUGUGGGAUGGUCCUCCGGAGAAUGAAAUGUCUCUGAAGGAGGUUAGCGGCUCACUGCUGCCUGAGGGGAUCCACUCAACUCUCAAUGUAGUCACCAUUCAGUUUGAAACUGACUUUUACAUCACCAAGUCUGGCUUUGCCAUUGACUUCUCCAGUUCUCUUGCAACUGCCUGCAGAGAUCCAGGUAUUCCCAUGAAUGGCACUCGCAAUGGGGAAGGACGGGAGCCUGGCGACUCUGUGACCUUCUCCUGUGAUCCGGGAUAUGAAUUGCAGGGGGAGAGCAGAAUCACCUGCAUCCAAGUGGAAAAUAGAUACUACUGGCAACCCAGCCCUCCAAGCUGCAUUGCUCCAUGUGGGGGGAAUGUGACUGGAUCUUCAGGAUUCAUCCUGUCACCCAACUACCCUCAUCCCUACCCACACAGUAAAGACUGUGACUGGCUUAUUGCCGUCCACUCGGACUAUGUCAUAUCCUUGGCUUUUAUCAGCUUCAGUAUCGAGCCCAACUAUGAUUUCUUGUAUAUUUAUGAUGGGCCGGACAGCAGCACUCAUCUGAUUGGCAGUUUCCAGGAUAGUAAACUUCCUGAGAAGAUUGAGAGCUCCUCCAACUUCAUGUACUUGGCAUUCCGUAGUGAUGGCUCUGUGAGCUACACUGGCUUUCAUUUGGAAUACAAAGCCAAACUGCGGGAGGCUUGUUUUGAUCCAGGGAACGUGAUGAAUGGCACUAGAAUGGGCACUGACUACAAGCUGGGAUCUAUGGUUACAUUUAAUUGUGAGGCUGGAUACCUACUGCAAGGCUACUCUACUUUGACAUGUGUAAUGGGCAACAGCAAGAGACCAGAGUGGGACAGAAGCAAGCCAAGUUGUCAAGCUCCCUGUGGGGGUCACUUCACAGGUUCAGAGGGCACUGUGCUGUCCCCAAACUAUCCGCAUAAUUACACCAAAGGCCAGCGCUGUGUGUAUGACAUUUUUGUCCCUGGGGACUUUGUGCUGUUUGGUCAAUUUGUGGUGUUCCAUACGUUGGCAAGUGAUCUUGUCGAAAUCUAUGAUGGAUCCUCAACCGAGUCACCGCUUCUUUCCUCCAUUUAUGGAUCCCACUCAGGGGAGACGCUCCCUUUGAGCUCAGGAAACAAGGUAUCGCUCAAGUUUACCUCAAAUGGCACAGAUACAGCAAAAGGAUUCCAUUUUGUUUACCAAGCCGUCCCCAGGACAAGCUCCACUCAGUGUAGCUCGGUCCCCGAACCACGAUUUGGAAAGCGUCUCGGGAAUGACUUUGGCACAAGUAUGGUGGUGCUGUUUGAAUGCAAUCCUGGUUAUACGCUGCACGGCGCCAGCGCCAUCAGGUGUGAGGCUGUGCCCAAUGCCCUGGCCCAGUGGAACGGCACUGUGCCCACAUGUGCCGUUCCCUGUGGAGGCGUGCUGACUGGUCGCAGAGGCACUAUCCUCUCUCCUGGAUACCCAGACCCAUACGCCAACUAUCUAAACUGUGCUUGGAAACUAACUGUUCCAGAAGGCGCAGGCAUUCAAAUCCAAGUGGUGACCUUUGCAACGGAGCACAACUGGGAUUCGCUGGAUUUUUUUGACGGGGUUGACGGCAAUGCUCCAAGGCUUGGUAGCUACUCAGGUACAACAAUUCCCCAACUACUGAAUAGCACAUCAAACAACCUCUACCUGACAUUCCAGUCUGACAUCAGCGUAUCUGCCACUGGAUUCCAUUUGGAGUACACAGCAAUAGGUUUGGAUUCAUGCCCAGAGCCGCUGCCCCCCACUAACGGCCACAAAGUGGGAGACCGCUACACUGUGGGCGACAUGGUUUCCUUCCAGUGCGAUCAGGGCUUCUCGCUACAGGGUAACACAUAUAUUACAUGCAUGCCUGGUCCUGUCAGAAGGUGGAAUUACCCCGUGCCAUUGUGUUUAGCUCAGUGUGGCGGCUUCAUGACAGACUUCAGUGGCGUUAUCCUCAGCCCGGGCUUUCCAGGGAAUUACCAGAGCAGCCUGGACUGUAGCUGGAGAGUUCGGCUUCCUGUUGGCUUUGGGAUCCAUCUACAGUUUCUGAACUUCUCCACAGAGCCAGUUCAUGACUAUCUGGAAGUGCGCAGCGGCAGCUUAGAGACGGGAACCGUGAUUGAUCGGUUCAGCGGCCCGCUGGUACCCAACUCUCUGUUCAGCACCACCCAUGAGACCACUCUCUUUUUCCACAGCGACUACUCACAGAACAAGCCUGGCUUUAACAUUGUUUAUCAAGCCUAUGAGCUCCAGAGGUGUCCGGAUCCACGCCCAUUUCGUAAUGGCCUAGUGAUUGGCCAAGACUACAGUGUGGGGAUGACCAUUACGUUUGAGUGUCUCCCUGGAUAUACUUUGCUUGGGGAGCCUUCGCUCACAUGUCUUCAUGGAGUCAGCAGAAACUGGAAUCACCCCAUACCUCGCUGUGAAGCUUUGUGUGGUGGGAAUACAACAUCAAUGAAUGGCACUAUUUAUUCCCCUGGACACCCGGCUGAAUACCCACAUUUCCAGGACUGCAUGUGGACUGUCAGAGUACCGCCUGGUUAUGGCAUAUACAUCAAUUUCUCCAUUAUCAAUACAGAGCCAAUCUAUGACUACAUCACUGUUUGGGAUGGACCUGACCAGACCUCGCCUCAGAUCGGUCAGUUCAGUGGUACAUCUGUACAGGAAACCGUCUCUACCACUGCCAACCAAAUCCUCAUCAAGUUCCACAGUGACUUCAGUACCAGUGGCUUCUUUGUGCUUAAUUAUUACGCAUACCAACUGAGAACAUGUCAGCCGCCGCCUCCUGUCGCUAACGCCACUGUUCUAACUGACGAUGAGCACUUUGAAAUAGGAGACAUUAUUCGGUACUCGUGCCUGCCAGGCUUCACCUUGGUAGGCAGUGAGAUUCUGACCUGUCGACUUGGAGAGCGGCUACAAAUGGAUGGACCCCCACCAGUCUGUCAAGUCCAAUGCCCUGCUCACGAGGUGCGUUUUGACUCAACGGGGGUAAUCCUGAGUCCAGGUUUUCCUGAAAACUACCCCAACCUUCAGAUGUGCUCUUGGCUGAUAAAUGUGGAGAAGGGCUACAACAUUUCGCUGCACUUCCAACUAUUCCAGACAGAAAAGGAGUUUGACAUUUUGGAAAUAUUUGAUGGUCCAAACAUCUACAGCCAGAAUUUGGCAUCCCUUAGCGGUGACAUUGAGACACCUUUCAGUCUUACCACCACUGGACACCAGCUCCUGCUCCGCUGGUCGUCUGACCACGGCACCAACCGACGGGGUUUCCACAUCAGAUAUGUGGGUGAGUAUCAAACAAUGUACUGCAGUACCCCCGACUCUCCCCAGCACGGUUUUGUUGUCAGCCAGACUGGGGGCCAUGUUAACAGCACGGUGCGCUGGGCCUGUGACAGGGGGUACAAACUGAUAGGAAAGGGCACAGCUGUAUGCAAGAAGACCACCUUUGGAUACUACACUUGGGAUGCACCAGUUCCUGCCUGUCAAGCUGUGUCAUGCGGCGUGCCCAUCGCGCCAGUCAACGGAGGUGUUCUUGCAGCUGAUUAUUCCGUCGGCACACGGGUGACCUACUUUUGCAACAGUGGCUACCGGCUCUCCUCCAAAGAGCUGACGACCACAGUCUGCCAGCCAGACGGCACCUGGAGCAACCACAACAAGAUACCCCGAUGCAUCCUUAUGAUGUGCCCCAGUCUCAGCUCCUUCUCUCUGGACCAUGGGAAAUGGAAGCUAGUCAAUGGGUCUACCUAUGAGUAUGGAACCAAAAUCAUUUUUACCUGCAACCUAGGAUACUUCCGUGUUGGUCCUGCUCACAUCCAGUGCUUGGCCAAUGGGGCUUGGAGUUGGAGAAACGAAAGGCCUCGAUGCAGAAUCGUUUCAUGUGGCGAUCUUCUCUCUCCACCUAAUGGGAAGAAAAUUGGAACUCAGACUACCUUUGGAGCAUCAGCCAUUUUCAGCUGUAACCUUGGAUACGUUUUAACUGGAUCCACGGUUAGAGAGUGUCUCCUGUCUGGACUUUGGAGUGGAACAGAGACUCAGUGCCUAGUUGGCCAUUGCGGCACUCCUGAGCAGACUGUGAACGGGCAGGUAAUAGGGGAGAAUUUUGGGUAUCGAGACACAGUGGUGUACCAGUGCAACUCUGGAUUCAGGCUCAUUGGCUCUUCAGUCCGGAUCUGCCAGCAGGACCACAAUUGGUCUGGACAACUCCCAGUUUGUAUCUCUGUCACGUGCGGCCACCCCGGCAGCCCCAUCUAUGGACGCACCGUCGGUGACGGCUAUAACUACAAUGACGUGGUUCGCUUUUCCUGUAAUAAAGGCUACACCCUUGAGGGACCCUCUACAGCCCAGUGCCAGGCAAACCGUCAGUGGAGCCAGCAGCCUGCAACAUGCAGAGUGGUGAACUGCACAGAUCCCGGCAUUCCUGCCAAUUCCAUCCGUGAAAGCAAGAUUGAGCACGGCAACUUUACAUUUGGCAGCGUGGUGUUCUACGACUGUAACUCUGGAUAUUACCUGUUUGGCUCCUCGGUCCUCACCUGCCAACCAGCAGGUCAUUGGGACAAACCUCUGCCAGAAUGCAUCGAAGUGAACUGCGGCCACCCAGGUAGUCCUCCACACGCAGCGAUGAUUGGGGAAAAGUUCACCGUUGGUUCUUCAGUCCGGUAUUCCUGCUCUGGAGAUCGCCAGCUCAUAGGAGACUCGUCACUCACUUGUCAGCUUAAUGGUCAUUGGAGUAGCCCACUGCCCCACUGCUCAGGCGACACUGCGGGCACCUGCGGGGAUCCUGGCACGCCUGCACAUGCCAGCAGGGAGGCUGGCAACUUCAAAGUGCGAAGCAAGGUGCGAUUCACCUGCGCAGUGGGACAUACGCUGUACGGCUCGGCAGAGAGGAUCUGCUUCCCCAACGGGACGUGGUCGGGCAGACAGCCAUUCUGCAAACCAAUGCAGUGUGGGAACCCAGGGACACCUGCUCAUGGCCGUAUUUCCCGUGUGGAUGGUACAACCUUCUCCCACUCCAUUGUGUAUUCUUGUAUGGAGGGUUAUUUCCUGUCAGGCUCACCCACACGCCAGUGUCUGGCGAAUGGCACGUGGUCUGGCAUGGCUCCAAACUGCACAUUGAUCACUUGUGGUGACCCUGGAAGCCCAGCAAAUGGACUUAGACUUGGAGAUGAUACCACAGUGGGCCACAAUGUGACAUUUUUAUGUCAGCUGGGCUAUGUGAUGGUGGGAGGAGACCAAAACGUUACUAUGACCUGCACCAACAACGGCACGUGGAGUGGCACCAUUCCAGCAUGCAAGGUGGUGACAUGUCCAACACCUCCAUCCAUCCCCAACGGCCUCUUGGCGGGCUCUGUGUGGGAGUGGGGCACCAGUGUGAGUUACAGCUGUCUGUCGGGCUACGAACUGUCCUUCCCUGCUGUGCUCACCUGCGCAGGGAACGGCACGUGGAAUGGAGACCUGCCUCAGUGCUUGCCCAAGUUCUGCGGAGAUCCUGGCACGCCUGCCAAAGGACGGCGAGAAGGGCGCAGCUUCAUCUUCAAGUCAGAGGUGACAUUUAGCUGCAGCGCCCCCUUUGUGCUGGUAGGAUCAACAACACGUAUGUGCCAAGAGGACGGCACCUGGAGUGGAGCGCAGCCUCGAUGCAUAGAGCCCACGAGAACCACCUGUGAAAAUCCUGGAAUACUUGAGCAUGGCUUCAUGAAUUACACCACUGGUUUUAAGGUGGGCAGCAGGGUCGACUUCCAGUGCCAACAAGGACACCUCCUGCAGGGUUCCACCACCCGCUUAUGUUUGCCAGAUCUCACCUGGACCGGCAUCCAGGCUUCCUGUGUCCCUCAUUCGUGCAAGCAGCCCCGAAGCCCAGCCAACUCGGACGUGGUGGGCCUGGACCUACCCUCCUAUGGUUACACCCUUGUGUACACCUGUCAGCCAGGUUACUUCCUUUCCGGGGGUUCAGAGCACCGCUUCUGCCGCUCUGACGGCAGCUGGACUGGCAAGGUGCCCGUGUGUAGAGCCGGAUCCAAAUCACAGGAAAAAACUAUCAAAGUAACACCAGGGACGCCAAGCCCUAAAAUACAUGUUCCAGAGGAUGUCUUUGCUCCGGAUUUCCUGUGGAAGGGCUCCUAUGAUUACAAGGGACAGAAGCAGCCAAUGACGAUGACAGUCGUCCGCUUUAAUGCCACGACGGGGAAAGUGAAUGUAACUUUAAACGACAGUAGCAUGGAGUUUCUGCUCUCUGGAGUGUACAAGCACCAGGAGGCAAGGCUGACACUGCUGCUGUACCACAUGAAAGCGCUGGCCCACAGCUCCUUGAGCAGGAUUACUGAGGAGACCUGGUCAAUGGAUGGAUUUGUUUCAGCCGAGCCUGAGGGUGGAAGCUACGUGUUACAAGGCUUCAUACAGGGUAAAGACUAUGGACGCUUUGGACUACAGAGACAUGGUUUGAGUGUGAGAGAGAACAUUACACUCACUGACCCCGAAACCAACACCUCCACCAACAGCAGCUCGGUUGCUGUUGCAAUCCUCGUGCCUUUCUUUGCCCUCAUCUUGGCCGGACUCGGUGUUUACCUCUAUAAGCAGAGGAAAACAGAUAAAGCGCAGUACACAGGGUGUUCUGUGCACGAGAACAACAACGGACAGGCCACGUUUGAGAACCCAAUGUACAACACCAACACAAAAGCUGCCGAGGGGAAAGUCGUCCGCUUUGACCCCAAUCUCAACACCAUCUGCACCAUGGUUUGACCCCCGCUGCAUUCCGGGAGGGGGCAACGAGGAAGAGACUGAUUCCCUUUGUUUGCCUAUCAUGAAUAUAUAUUGACAUGUUUAUACUUUUGCCGAAGAAAUACGGAGAGAGAAAGCACACUUUCGACAAAACUGAGGGCCUCUUUGCCAUUUGCAGUGUAAACACACGAGAUGGAAAGGAGAAGACGAAGAAGUGGCGCCUCAUCCUCCUGUAAGUAGGAGAUGAAGGAAGGAGAGGCUCGCUGCACUCUGUGAGUGUUCAUCUAAUCUUUAUGCUCUUAAGGGUAUUUAUGUCAGUAAUGCCAAAUGAGAAAAUGUUUUAUUUUCACCUUGACGUCAAAAGCCUUUUUUGUGUGUGUUUGUGUCAUCAUCCCCCCCCCCCACCCCCCC